UCCGCGCAUUCUAUUUGUUUGUAGCUCUAGAUUUCUGCUUACGGUUUAAGAUGUCAGAACAUUCGAAUGAUUUUUCCGAUAGUGACGUGGAGGAGACUGUUAAGGUUGAGGAAUGUGUUUCAGAGGCCAAUCGUCUUAAAGAGCAGGGUAACGCUGCCUUCAAGUCUUCCAAUUACCAACUUGCUAUAGAUGAAUACAAGAGAGGAAUUGAGUGGUUGGACAAGCUUCCUUCUAAGAACAAGGACCACAAUGGUUUGAAGAGUGUGCUCCAUUGUAACCUUAGUGCCUGUUAUCUUGGCAUUCAGGAGUAUAGAAAUGCUAUUAAUUCUGCGGAUGAAUCUAUUCGUUUGGAUUCUGGUAACAAGAAGGCCUUGUAUCGUCGUGCAUUAGCUCGAUUCCAUGGCGGUUACCUUGACGAGGCUAAGGAGGAUUGUCAAUCUAUGUUAGCUGAUGAUGCUGACAAUAGCAAUGCUCGUAUGCUUUUGGCUAAGGUGAAUGAGAAGCUGAAGGCUGCUCGUGCUCAGCAGAAGAAGGCUUUUGGUAGUUUGUUUAACAAGAGUGGCGGUCUUUACACUGACCGCGCUCGUGAGACUCAGAACCGCAAGCAGCACAAUUAUGAUGAGUACGUGCGUAAGCAGCAGGAGAGUGGCGGUGAAGUCCUUGCUAUGGCGGAUUGGGAGCGAUUAGAGGAGGAGGAAUCUAAGAAGCGUGAGGCUGAGCGCAUUGAGAAGGUGAAGGCUGAGGAAGAGAAGAAGCGCAACGGUGGUAAGGACGAUGAUGACACUACUGAUACUCCUGGCGAUUCAUCUUCAUCUAAGAAGAAGCCUAAGCAGCAGGAUGAGAGUGACAUGGACGAAGAGGACCAGAAGAUCAUUCAGGAGACUAAGAAGAUGGGUUAUUGUUACUUUGGCAAGAACAAGCCUGGUGGUAACCUUACUACAGAGCGUACUCCUCAGGUUGUAUCUCCUGUUGCGGUGGAUACUGCCACCCGUUCUUUAUCAUCAUGGAAUGCUUGUGGCACAACAUACGAAGAGAAGGACAUGUCUUCUUGGUGCAGGGACGUCCUUCGUGAGAAUUUGUUGAUGGCGAGUUACAAGAACGAUCCCAGUGACGGUGACCCUAGUGUGAACGUCAUGGAGAUGCUGAGUAAUAUAAACAUUGACGACAGCGGUAGCAUGGAACGUUUACAAGACCUUGCCACUAUGGUCCACCGUAGUAGUAUUACUGUUAAAUCGGUUGACGACAUGGAGUGUGAUGCGCAAAUAGCAUUGAUUCGUGGUACAUUGCGUUACAUGUUUGACUUCAGUUGUACUUUGGUGUUUACAGCAUCCAUUGAUACUUCUGUUGGUUCGGAGUCCUCUGAGUCCAAUGCUACUGUUUACGAGGGCGCACUGCACUUGGUUGAGUUAUCGAGUGCCAUGGAGAAGGGGAAGACAUACAGUGACUACAUGAAGGUGGUUUUCAAGGAUUCGUUGAAGCCUGAGCACAAGGACCUUAUGGGCUGUAUGGUUGACAAGUUCAAGGUUUCUGUGUGCGAGUGUAUUGAUGCCUUUUACGCUCGUUACCAGCAGCAGUAAUCGUCUAUUAUUUGACUGUAGCAAGUCUAUUUGCGUUAUAAAGCGAUAUAAAUUCCUGUUAAUUAUUUUUGCGCAUAUUUG